CAGUAAUAUGAGAUGGGUACACUGUAUGAAACGUUAUUUUAACCGAGUGGAGGAAGCCGAUGCUGCACGGCGUAGGCUUCGGCUACGCAGUUUCAAAGAGUCGUUUAGCACUCUCCAGAUUGAAGGCCUCGCCACAACAAGCUCGAGGGAUGUUCUCGUUCAUCAACGAUUCUGAACAGGAUGGCAAAUCUCUUGUCGCCUUAAGCCGCGAGGCUCUGCGGGGACUGGGUAAGCGCGACGACCACGUCACGCUACAUCUGCCAUUCCUUCCGUCCCCUGCAGGCAGUAAAAACACUCUCCCGGUUCAGUCGACACGACUUCCGUUGGGAUUCGAGACGCUGCAGAAGACGGCAGUGCUGGAGAUCGACAAUCCGUCGGCCCGCAAUGCGCUGAGUGGAAAUAUGAUGGCUCAACUGGCAGACAUCGUCACGCUAUUAGAAGAUCCGAAGGUUCACGACAAGCUCAACGUCGUCGUUUUGCGAGGGACUGGGGGUUGGUUCUGUGCCGGAGCGGACCUACGCGUUGCUCGCGAUGAGCUAAACUCACGAGAGGCAGGGGCGGCCAUGGGGGCGUUGAUGGUGGACACUUUGACGCGCUUCCGUCGACUCCCUUUGGUGAGCAUUGCGGCUAUAGAGGGCGGAGCUUUUGGAGGUGGAGCGGAACUGGCGACGGCGUGCGACUUUCGGAUAAUUGAAGGCAACGCAGUCAUCCAAUUCGUGCAAUCUCGUAUGGGCGUGAUCCCUGGUUGGGGAGGUGGUGCAAGACUCUACAAAAUUGUUGGACGACAGAAUGCACUCCGGUUGUUGUGCACUGCUGAAAGGAUUUCACCCGAUCGUGCUCUUCAGCUGAAACUCGUCGACGAGAUUUUCUUCGCUACGGAUGAAGAGUCUUCCAACACCGGCAUCACCUCGUUUGUAGAGGCUUUUGAUGCAAUUGUGCCAGGUAGUAUUUGGUUACCCUGUAAAAGUUCGAAGGUCUAAUUCUUGUAAAUCUUGCUGCCAUAUUAGCGGUAUCUCACGGUGCUAAGCGAGUGAUCAACAACGCCGAUGACGUAAGUCUGGACGACGUUCUUAAAUACGAACAUGAUGUAUUCAAGACGCUGUGGGGAGGUCCAGCUAACCUGGAGGCUCUUGAGAAAGCUUUGUCGAAGAAAAAAUGAAGUUCGCUUUGCUUCUUGAUCGUAUAGUGUGUCACCUUGAGCAGAUACGAACCGCGAAUAUAAGCCCCACUAGUCUUCGCGAUGAUUUUUUGGGCUUCUUGUCGUAGCCUAAGUUGAUUCGCCCGUAUCGACUUUUGUUUCCGUUCGAUAGAGCGCUCGAAUUCGCGUUUAGCUUGUCCAUAUUGCAGAUUAAGUUGCCGUACAUGCUCUGGAGCACUAACUGGUCGCUUGGGAGUGCAGUUGUACCA